ACAACGCCCGCCCCCUUUUCCAGAGCUGCGCACUCGCCCCCCGCCGGGAACCACCACCAGACCCUUCCAACGUGCGGCAACCCCAUCUCCGUCCCCUUUCCAACUCAAGCUCCAGUUUCAAGUCCUCUCAAGAUGACCCUCGAAGCCCAAAGCGCGGCCAUUGCCGCCCAGUUCGACUACACAGAUGAUCAGGUGAAUAGCGCAGUCAAUGAGUUCCGCCGCCAAAUGACGGAGGGUCUGGAGAAGGACGGAACCAGUCUGAGUCAAAUUCCCACAUACGUGACGGGCGUGCCCAAUGGCACUGAGAAGGGUUUGUACAUGGCUGUCGACCUUGGCGGAACCAACUUUCGUGUUUGCUCCAUCCAGCUCAACGGCGACACCACAUUCAACCUGACCUUCACCAAGGUCGCCAUCCCCAGAAAGCUCAUGGUUGCCAAGACGGCGCAAGAGUUGUUCGCUUUCCUCGCCAAGCAGAUCGAACUGUUCCUCCAGAAGCACCACGAGGACCACUUCGAGCAGCAUGUUCGCCGACGGAUGACCAUGAGCUCCCCAGACGGCUACAAGGACGAGCACGUUUUUCGGUUGGGCUUCACUUUCAGCUUCCCAGUACAGCAAGUAGGAAUCAACAAGGGCACUCUCAUAAGAUGGACGAAGGGCUUUGACAUUCCUGAUGCUGUUGGCAAGGACGUGUGCGCGCUCCUCCAGGACGAGAUCGACAAGCUCCACCUCCCCGUCAAGGUGGCUGCUCUUGUCAACGACACAGUCGGUACCCUCAUGGCCCGCUCUUACUCUUCUCCAGGCAAGACCGGCACCGUGCUGGGUGCCAUCUUCGGCACCGGCACCAACGGCGCGUACGUUGAGAAGCUUUCCAACCUGAAGAAGCCCCUCUCCGGCGAGUAUGACAAGACCACCGGAGAAAUGGUUAUCAACACCGAGUGGGGUUCGUUCGACAACCAGCUCAGUGUUCUUCCCAACACCGCGUGGGACGUUGCCCUUGAUAAGGCGAGCCCCAACCCCGGUAUCCAGAUGUACGAGAAGCGUGUGUCGGGCAUGUUCUUGGGUGAGAUUCUGCGUCUGGUUAUUAUCGAUCUCCUGAAGGACCCCAAGGUCUCUUUCUUCAAGGACGAGAACUCUAGCUCCAACGACUGGAAGUCAACCACCAAUAUUGUCUCGGAGUCGAGCAUCUACACCCAGUGGGGUCUCGACACGGCCAUCAUGUCGGUCGCCGCGGCUGACAACACCCCCGAGCUCUCGACUCUCCGCGGCGAGCUCGAAAAGCAGUUGGGCAUCUAUUCUGCUGGCCUGGAUGAUGCCCAGGCUUUCAAGGCUAUUGCCAACGCCAUUGGCCGCCGCUCCGCGCGCCUUUCCGCUGUCGCCAUUGCCGCCAUUGUCCUGCAGACAGGCAAGCUCACGGAUCCCGCCAACGCCGACGAGCCCAUCGACAUCGGUGUUGACGGCAGCUUGGUCGAGCACUACCCCUACUUCAGGGAUAUGAUCUACGAGGCUCUGCGCGCUAUUGACGGCAUUGGUGAGGAGGGCGCCAAGCGCAUCCGCAUUGGCAUCGCGAAGGAUGGGUCCGGUGUCGGUGCUGCCUUGAUCGCCCUUGUCGCUGCCGGGAUGGAGAAGAGGUUGACCACGGCCGAUUACCUCGGCGAGCUGCGCUCCAACGCCAAAAGUAAUAACCUUACUGUUGUGCCAGAGGAUGACGCUGCUCAGGACUAG